UCGCGGCGAAGUGGUUCAAGGAUCCUAUUGUGAACGCGAAUAUCGGGACUGUCGUCUGCAGACUUGCUAUGUCCAAUCACCGGCCUAUCCUGGCCUGUAUCCUCGCGCUCUGAACUGUCGCUAUAAGCUGCACACCCGCCAGCCCUACAUCAAGUUGUAUCUGCAAAACGAACAGUUCGCUGUGGAUGGUCAAAGAUGCGAGAACGUCAUGACCUGUCCGAUCAGGCCCAUAGGAUCGGGCAACGAGCACUGCCCCUUCGACUGGCUGGCGGUCUACGAUGGACGCGACGAGCACUCGCCGCUUAUAGGCAAGUUCUGUGGCCUCGGCAAGUUCCCAUUCAGCAUCAUUGGCACAUCACAAUAUAUGUAUGUGGAGUUUGUUACAUCGCCCGCGGGGCCGCUGCUGAAUACGGGCUUCCAUUUCAAUGUUGGCAACUGGCCAGGCCACGUGGAGACGGCCGGCAUUAAGCAUGGGGUCUGCGACUGGCUGCUGAGCUCCGACUCACUGAAGGACAGCAGCGCCAGCGAGGGCAUCUUCCUGAGCAUUGCCCACUGGUAUCCGCCGAAUACGUCCUGCAGCUAUCACAUCAAAGGACAUGUCGGGGAAAUUGUGCGGCUCUAUUUCCCUAGCUUCCGCAUCAAUCGCAUCGAGUCGCCGAUACUGAAGUACGAGGGAGACUGCGGCGAAUCGCUGACGAUCUACGAUUCGGACCACGCCGAUCCCGCUCGGAUCAUCAAGACCUUCUGCGACACCUUCUCGCGGCCAAUGGAGAAGGUGGACUUUGUGAGCACCAGCCCCUCGUUGUACGUGCAGUUCGACUCGAAGACGGGCAGCUACAGCGGCAGCUCACUGUACUACUGGGCCCACUACGACUUCUUCAACAACACGCGCUUCGGCGACCCCGUUCCGAACACCCUGUGCGACGAGGUGAUGUACGCCUGGAAGCACCCGGGCGGACGCCUCCGGUCGCCCCUCAAUUCGCUGAUCUUCAAGCGCACGGGCGGCAGCGAUGUGCGGUGCCAGUACAAGUUCGUGACGGACAAGAGGCUGUACGCACGGGCCAUUAUCGAGGUGAAUUCGGUGUCCUUCAAGGAGCUGCCGUACAACAGCAACGCGUGCACCAGGUGCCACGAGGAGCGGGUGGACAAGCUGGUCAUCUGGGAGGAGCGGGACAAGUACCAGAACAACCUCGCCUGCUUCUGCGACAACAUACCGCGGGCGGUGCGCGUCAUCUCGUCGGCGGACCAGAUGAACCUCGAGAUGAUCGUCCAGGGCCAGCACGCCAUCACCUCCUACUUCAAGAACCCCAAUCCGCUCUUCGAGGCCACCUACGAGUUCGCCCACGGUCCGCUGUGCGGCCCCAUCACCUUGGGGCCCUCGCCGGACGGGGAGCUGGUGUUCCCCUACAAGAAGGCCCUCGCGAUGGUGGCCGGACCGAUGGCUCCACCCGAGCACCACUACCGCCGCGAGAAGUGCAUCUGGGAACUGAAGGUGGCCGCCCAGCGGGACCUGUGGCUCAAUCUGGAGAAGGCGCGCUUCGCCGACCGCAGCUGCGAGAGUGCCAAGAUCGAGGUGUAUCUGGCCGGCCGCCUGGAGCCGCGCUUCGUUGUCUGCCCGGAGAACAUAUCAAUGGCCCGGGACCUGCCCAUCCUGACCACGGCCGAGCUGGGGGCCACCGGGGCCGACCAGGAGCCACUGCCCGUGCUCAUCCAGUACACGGGCGACGGGCAGCCGGGACGCAACAUUUUCCGCCUGGUCUGGAGCGAGCUCUUCCACCUGCCGCGCAAUCCCGACGGCAGUCUGGCCGCCUCCCUCCUGCAGGACGCCGGCUGCGACUUCCGCUGCCCCGGCGACACAGAGGUCUGCAUACCCCGCCACCUGCUCUGCAACGGGGUGGCCAAUUGCCCCAACGUGACGCACUCCUCGACGCUCGACCAACUGACGCGUCACAUCGAGUGGAACCUCGAGCAGCUCGGCCUCCUCCACCACGCCGGCGAGUACCGCCAGCUGGUCCUGCACGACGAGUCGCCGGAGAUCUGUCUGCGACGGGACCUCAGCGAGCUGCCCUACGGGAAGCUCUCCCUCAUCGCCCUGGGCCUGUGCCUGAUGUUCGCCCUGCUCUUUGCCAUCUUGCGCCGGAUGUGCCGUCGGUCGCCCAAGCAGUCGGGGUUGCAUCAAUUGCAGGAGGAUUACUAAAUGGACAGACAUUUUGACAGACAUUUCAGAUAUGAUAUUGACUUUCAGGGAGACUGGGCGUAUAAGGAGGGCGAUAGGGCAACAUCUCUGGGGAGCUAACGAGAUGUGUUACCAGUUUUUGAGGGAAUCACAGUGUAGUAGAGAAUCAACGAAAAGUGGCAAACAUUUAGAGUAGAGUUCGGUGCAGAAUGAAUUUGUUUUCCAGGUGUACUUUAAAGAUGUGUGGAUGCGCAUUAGAGAAUAUGCCAAAAGUAUUGUAUUUCCUUGAUUUAAUUUCAUAAUUUGUGGGUUCCAUUAGAGAUGAUAUGUUAGCUUUAGGUACAUUUUAGUAAAACAAAUAUCAAAGAUUUAGGUUACAUUUUAUUAAGAAAACACACAUCAAGUAAAACUCUUGUGACAACCAAGCAGAAAUUGCAAGAGCUACCAAGAGCUCUAAUGCACACUUUUCAUCCAUGGUGCCAGACACUGCCAGAAACUCCCACAACAAUCUGCCAAUCGUUUCUGAAAAGGGGAAAAAGCCCAGCCCAAAUCCAAACCCUAUAUGUAAGUAAUUCUGACCGGUCGAGUCUAUAACUUUCCCUUUACGUGACAUCUAAUGAAUAUUAAUUGAAAAUAAUUGUACGAUAAAAAAAGGCGAUAAAAAAUGCCCUUCAAACAUAUAAAUGUUUAAAAAACAAAGAAACACACAAAAAAAAGUAAAAAAAAAAAAGAAAAUAUG